AUGAACCAGAAAGCAAUAAAACGAAGUGUUUUGUCUGACUACCUUGAUCACCUACCUGUCAAAGAUUAUCAACCGUUGAGGUUUGACUCCCGAGACGAAGACAUUAUGUUUAUUAGAGACUUCACUAUGUCGGGCUUUGAAGCAAGCCCUGAGGAAGGCCCCGAACUAGGAUCACGAUGGACGCUCGUUUUUGACGGUGCUUCCAAUGCUCGAGGCCAUGGCAUAUGUGUUGUUAUCACUUCUCCAACCGGUUUCCAUCUUCCAUUUACCGCUAGAUUGUGUUUUGACUGCACCAACAAUAUGGCAGAAUAUAAAGCAUGUAUCUACAGUUUGGAGGCGACAAUCGACUUAAGGAUCAAGAUUCUUGAGGUAUACAGUGAUUCAACUCUGGUAAUCAGUCAGGUAAAAGGUGAUUGGGAGACUCGGGAUAGCAAGUUGAUACCUUACAAGGAGCAUAUCAGAAAACGGGUACCCUACUUUGAUGAAAUCUCUUUUCACCAUAUUUCUAGGGAAGAAAAUCAGUUAGCAGAUGCUCUAGCCACGUUGGCAUUUAUGUUCAAAGUUAAAUGGAAGAAUGAAGCACCAACUAUCCAUAUUGACCACUUAAAUGAACCAGCACAAUGUCUAGCAAUUGAGGUUGAUCCUGAUGAUAAGCCCUGGUUCUAUGACAUAAAGACAUUUCUGGAAAAAUGGUAG